CAAUACCAAACGAAGGAGUAACUCUUAAGCCCAUUCAAACUCGGGAGCACAUGAAUAUAUAUACAUACCUACAAAUUAGAGCACUAUAAGUGAAAAAUCACUGCACUCAAAAAAAUUCCCAAAACUAAAGAACACAGAGAGAAAAAUGAGCUUCCAGCGUUUCUACGAAACAUGGUUUGAUCAACUGAAAGAAAUCGUACGUCAACUGAACCAAGUUCCCCGUCCCGCCACCAGUGACCAUCACCGUGAACUGCACCAACUCCUCGUUCAAAAAGUUGUCUCUCACAUCUACGAGUACUAUCGAGUUAAAUCCUUAGCUGCAAAAAAUGAUAUCCUCUCUGUUUUCUCCGCCCCGUGGUCUACAUCUCUGGAACGUUCUCUCCAUUGGAUCGCCGGAUGGCGACCGACCACCGCUUUUCACCUUAUCUACACUGAAUCCAGCAUUUUGUUUGAAUCUCACAUCAUCGACAUUCUUCGUGGCCUCCGAUACGGAGAUCUCGGUGAUCUAUCGCCGGAGCAACUCGCUCGCGUUAGCGAAUUUCAAUGUGAAACUGUUCACGAAGAAAAUUCUAUCACCGACGAACUCAACGACUGGCAGGAUGGUGCAAGUGAGAUAAUUGGUUUGAUGGGAGACAUAGAAGAGAAGAUGGAGAAGCUAGUUGAGAUUUUGGAGAAGGCGGACAAACUGAGGAUGAAGACGAUAGAGAAUUUAGUACAACUAUUAACACCACAGCAAGCAGUUGAAUUUCUUAUAGCAUCGGCGCAUUUACAGUUCGGUAUUCGAAAAUGGGGAAUUAAUCAUGAUCGUCAAAGAGAAAAUCCAUGAACAUUUUCUGCCUUCUUCAUCAUGCACACUGGUUUGCAUGUUGUUAGUUUUUUUUAAAAAAAAUAAAAAAUCUCAAAUUAGAGAAGAAAUUUUGGAUUUUUAUAAAGCUAUUAUUAUUAUUUUUUGGAUUAUUUUUUUAAAAAAAGUGGAUGAGUGGCUAUAAGAGGUGUAAGCUAACAUGCAGUUGAUCCCAUGCAUAGAAACACGUGUUAUUCAAACAGCGCGUGAAGAUGUGGCGCGCUGUUGAACACCGGUAAGGGGUAAUUCUCUAAACUUUUGUUGAGCCUGUAUCAACUCAUCCAGAAUGUAAUAGAAAAAAAUCUUUUUAAGAAUUGUUACACCGUCUCUAAUUUUUAGCGGUAAU